AUGCUGGGAGCGCGGCCCCUCAGCCCAGGCGCCGACCCCGAACCCUGCUGGACACCGCAGCCACAAGAACCCAGCCCUGCCGAGCAACACAGCCUCCAAGAGCCCCCGGCGACACCCGACCUGGAAGAGCCCGCCGGGUCCGCCAGCCAUGUGCCCACUUCCGUGGUGUACCUGGCCGCCGGCUCUGCCGUGCAACUGAAGGUGGAUGACGUCGACCUACUGCUGGAGCCGAAUCUCACCUCGGUCCUGGAAGUGGAGCUCCCCGAACACACCAUCAUCCUGGUGCCCGAGGGCCUCCAGGCUCCAGACCAUCUUGGACAGCCUGGGUUCUUGUCCGCCACCCCGCAGGGGGGCGCUGGCCUGGAAAUGCCAGAGGACGACCUUCUAGUCCUCCAGCCGGGAUCCUCCUGUCAGUUCAUUCUAGAAGAUUCCUACCAAGAGGAAUCCUUUGAUGAGGAUGAGGACUCUGGCUCCCUGUCACCAUGCAUGGAUCCUCCAGCUGGUCAGGCAAGUGAGCACUUUUCCUCCACCAUCAGGAUGCCCACUCCUUGGCCUCAGGGCCACAUCCCAGAACCAUAUCCCUUAGGGCCUUCCCCUAAUGCAGAGCCAUAUUCUCCAAGGUCUGUCUGGGACCAGGACAGCUACCUGCUGGGACCCUUCCCCAGCUCACCCCUGCAGCCUCUGCCUCCAUCUCCUUCAAAUCCCCAAGAGCAGCGUCCUCUGUCCUCUCCUAGGUCCCCGUGCAAGGCCAGGAAGCGACUGUUCUGUGAAUGA